CGCUCGGGGUAAACAAACAAAAUGGCGGAGUGUCUUGUAUAAUGUUUUGGUUUUAGUAGUCUCUCGUACUCCAUUUUUUCACGUUUUUGCUUUUUUUUAAUCAAAUGGUAAAUGUUAACUGUUAUGUUUCUGGUUGCGUGUCCAAUAACCGUUCGUAUCAGUAUUUAAAGUUUUACAAACUACCCAAAGACAAGGCAAGAAGACGAAGGUGGAAAAAGUUGACACGAAAUACGCGAGAAACAGAUUCACAAUGGACCUGUCUGUGUCGACUCCACUUCCAAGGUGGCUGGAAAAAAGAAUUUUAUUCUGAUCCUUCAAUAUUUCCUUGGAGUCCAGAAUGGCCUGAUGUUGUGACAAGAUACAACAACUACGUAACGGAACGUUUUUCGCUGGCCCAAGGUACAGACCAUGGAUAUGCCAAAGCUCCAAAGCUGAUGAAAGUUCCAGCAAUUUUCAAGAAGUUUGUCCGUCAUUCCAACACCUCUAAACGUGCCUUAAAAAGUCUCGAGAAAAGUGAAGAAACGUCUACCCUCCCCAACACAGAUCAGGAAUCAGAUCAWACACAUUGCCCAGAUCUAGAAGAAACUCCGAUUGCCUUAUCCAAGAAUGGCGAAGUUGACUUAAGAGAUGUAACGUUUAAAGACACGUCCACAACGAUGAAGGUUGCAUAUUAUCCUGAUACCUACUUACUCACUAGGAAUGAGUUGCAAUCCUUGCUGUCCUGUAUUGAAGAAAAACUAGAUAAAGGAAGUMCAGAUGCUUCACAGCUACUAGCCCUUCUAAAGGUUGUCAUCAAGUUAUUAAGAAAUGUCCAAGAGCAGUUAGAUGCAGUGAUGGAAUUGCGGGAAUGGGAUAAGUUUCUACUCAGGCGCUUUGAGGGUUCUGAUGAGGAUAUUAAGUUUUGGACAGGAUUCCCAAGUUUUUCCAGCCUAAUUUACUUCUUUAAUGGUUUCAUACUCCCUAAUGAGUCCCAUAUGAAGUACUGGGGUGCAAAUAAUACUGGUUUGAAAAGGGAAUUCAAGGCAGGCACAGUUCGACAGCUUUCUGCUGUAGAUGAAUUAUUUCUCACACUCAUCAAGUUGAAGCGAGCUAGUGCAAAUGAAGACCUGGCAGAAAGAUAGACAUGUUUCAAGUAGACAUGUUUCAUCCAUUGUCAUAACAUGGGUUAACCUUAUGGCAGCUGUUUUCCGGAAAACAGACACUUGGCUUAGUAGGAAAAAAGUAAGGAAAUUGAUGCCAAGUUGCUUCAAACCACUAUAUUCUGAUGUAAGAAUUAUUGUGGACUGCACAGAAAUGGAAAUAGAACGUCCUUCUGAUCUUGAGAUUCAAUGUGCAACAUAUUCAUCAUACAAAAGUAGAAAUACAGUUAAAAGCCUUGUUGGUUUGUCUCCUACAGGAGUGACAACAUUUGUAUCUCCCUUGAUGGAAGGAAGUGUCAGUGACAAUGACAUAACUGUUCAAAGUGGUUUGCUUGCCAAACUUCAGAAAGGGGAUGCAAUCAUGGCAGACAGAGGCUGGACAAACAAGUCAACACUUCUCAAGCAUGGGAUUA